AUGGCAGAUGCCAAACUAAAGAGAGAUAUUGAUCUUCUGAUUUAUAAAAGAGAUAAUAUUGUUCAAAAAAUUGAGUUUUUGCACAAUCAAGCUGAAACUUUGUCUAUAGAGGCUAGCCCAAUUGAAUUAUCAGAGUUCAAAGUUCGUUGUGAUCGUCUCCCUGCCCACUAUGAAAGUUUUGAGCGUUACCAAUCUGACAUAGUGAAAGGUUAUGUCCAGCUCAAAGAUACUUCUCAGCUGGAGGGAAUUCUUGCCAAAAAUAAGGUUGUAGAUGAGAAAUAUUUUUUUAUUCUUGCUACCAAAGACAAGUUUCUUUCACCUCUUGUUAGACAGGAAAAUGUUGAAAAUGUUAAGCCUAUCGCCUCCACAGCUGUUAGACUCCCAAAAAUCAAUCUACCCACAUUCGAGGGAGUUUUGAAAGACUGGCCUCAUUACAAGGACCUUUUUCUUGCUCUUGUUCACAAUAAUGUAUCGUUAUCCCCUGUAGAAAAACUUCAUUUUUUACUUUCAAGUACAAAGGGUGAACCACAUACCUUGGUAAAAGGCAUUCCCAUUUGUUCUGACAACUAUGAACUUGUUUGGACACAGUUAAAUGAGAGAUAUGAUAACAAAAGGUUGUUAGCAGCCAAUUACAUUGAUGAAAUUUUAAGUCUUACCCCCAUCCAUUUCGAGUCUCCUAAGCCAUUAAGAACUCUACUGGACACACUAAAUGAGAAUACUUCAGCCUUAAAGCAAAUGGAGAUACCUGACAGCUUAGGUGAAUUUAUUAUUCUGCACGUAGCUCUGAAAACCGUGGACAGGCAUACAAGACAGUUAUUCGAACGCAAGUUCUCUAAUAGGGAAUAUCCCUCCUUGUCCGAUUUCAUUGAAUUUCUAAAGGAACACUGCAAGUCACUCGAAGCUGCAGAAUCUGAUUCUUUGGUUAAGGCUACGCCGACAUCAACUUCUAAGCAAGAAGAAAAAUUAUCCCCUGCUCCUACCUCUGCAUUUACCUGCAUUAGGCCUACAUGUGAUUCAAGCCCGAAAGACGAAACUUACUUUAAGCCUACAACCAUUCUCUUAGGUACUGCCAUUGUUCGCAUUCUAGAUGUUUGUGGUAAUCCUCAACAGGUUAGAGCAUUAAUUGAUGCUGGUAGCCAAAGUUCCUUCAUUACUGAAUCAUGUGUCAGUCAGUUGUGUUUACCGAGACGGAAAGUUGUUCAACCAAUUUUAGGAUUGUCUGAAGUGUCUGUUUCCAGCAACAAAGGACUAGUACCCUGUGUAAUCAAGCCUUUGCAUCAAGAUAACCCUUCACUGAGAACGGAAGCCAUUGUUUUAAAUCGAAUCACUUCACCGCUACCUUCUACUGCUCUUGAUGAUAAGGUUAAAAUGUUAUUUCAAGGUUGGGAUUUGGCCGAUCCGGAGUUUUACCAACCUGGAAGAGUUGAUCUUCUUAUUGGUGCUGAUUUGUUCCCACAGCUUUUUGACGGUGGGCGGCGUGAUACGCCAUCUGGAUUCCCUACUGCCUUUCACACCAUUUUUGGAUGGUUGCUCAUCGGUGAAUCACGUUUGCCAAUUCCAACGACUCAGUCCGUUUCUGUUAAUUUAGCUAUAUUAGACCAAGUAUCACUGGAGUCGAAUCUGCGCAAGUUCUGGGAAAUUGAAGAACCCCCGAUGAAUCAUUGCCAAACUAGCCCAGAAGAUGAACGAUGUGAGUCAAUCUACGCGUCAACAGUUCAAAGAGAUUCAGCUGGUCGUUUUGUUGUUGACCUGCCCUUUAAAAAUGAUUGUCCCGACCUUGGAGAGUCGUACAGCAAAGCCAAGCAUUGUUUUUUAUCUCUGGAAAGAAAAUUCAAUCAAAAUCCUGAUCUAAAGGGAGCCUACUCAACAUUCAUGAAUGAAUAUAGAGAUUUGGGUCACAUGUCCGAGGUUGUAAACUCUGUAACACCAGCUUACUACAUCCCGCAUCACGGAAUCUUCAAGAAAAACUCCUCUUCGUCAAAACUACGAGUAGUAUUUAAUGCAUCAGCUCCAACCUCAACUGGGAAAUCACUAAAUGAUGAAUUGUUAAUAGGUCCGAAGCUUCAGACUGACAUUUGUAAAAUUCUUUCGCUUUUUCGCCUUCACUUGUAUGUAUUUACAACCGACAUUGAGAAAAUGUAUCGUCAAAUACUUGUCAACCCGCAACAUAAGUCUUUUCAAGCAAUUUUGUGGAGAGAUAGCCCAGAGAAACCUAUGUCUACCUUUCUUCUCAACACAGUAACCUACGGUGUAUCAAGUUCACCAUUCUUAGCCUUGCGUUCUUUAAGACAGCUGGCUUUGGAAGACUCCGAAAAAUAUCCUCUUGCAAGUGAGGUUAUUUUAAACUCAAUGUUUGUCGAUGAUGUCCUUACAGGAGGUGACUCACUUGAUCACACCCUGAAGAUAAAAUCUGAACUAAUCAGUCUCUUAAAUUCUGGUGGAUUUAAACUUAGGAAAUGGUCCAGCAACAAUCAUAAAAUAUUAGAAGAUGUUCCAUCUGAUGAUCAAGAAUUCAUUUUUGGAGACGAAAGCUCUGCCGAUCCCUCUAUCAAAGUCUUAGGCCUUAAAUGGAAUCCAAAUUCAGACAAGUUUUCUUACGAUGUUCACAUAGGACAACCACCUUCUACCAAACGUGGCCUAUUGUCUCAAGUAUCCAAGGUCUAUGACCCGCUUGGGUUAAUUACACCUGUAGUCCUUUGGGCAAAAUGUUUGAUCCAAAAAAUUUGGACUCUGGGACUCGACUGGGAUCAACCGCUGCCAAUUGAUAUUGUUCGUCAGUCUUCCAAGUUUUUUGAAACUCUUCCUCAUCUCAGCAACUUAACCAUUCCCCGACUGGUUCUGCUUCCAGAAACCACUGACGUUCAGCUCCAUGGAUUUUCGGAUGCCUCGGAAGUUGGCUACGGAUGUGCUAUCUACUUAAGAGUUGUUAAUUCUGAUGGAAAACCUCUUACCAACCUUAUCAUGGCCAAAUCCAAAGUUGCACCCUUAAAGAAAAUUUCAAUUCCUCGCUUAGAGUUGUGUGGAGCAGUUUUACUUAGUAAAACAAUGUUUUUUUGUAAAAACAUGUUAGCCUACAAAUUUGGAAAUAUACCCACUUUCGCCUGGACCGACUCUCUAGUAACGCUACACUGGAUCCGCACCGCACCUCAUCAGCUCAAGACUUUUGUGGCUAACCGGGUCGCUGAACUCCAGACAUUGCUCGAACCCGCUUGCUGGCGACAUACACCGACAGAUACCAAUCCUGCUGAUUACGCCUCAAGAGGGCUACUACCCCAUGAAAUCUUAAGAAAUUCUCUAUGGUGGAUUGGACCUAAUUGGCUCAUGGAGGAACCAAUGUCUUGGCCGACUCAACCUUUACCUGCUCUAACACCCAACGAGUCACUGCUUGAGUUUCGCCCAUCUGCGACAUGUGCACUAGUUGCCGCCAAAGACACAAAGAAUGAGUUCACUGCCUUAGUUGAAAAACAUUCACAGUUCACCAAACUACAAUCUUGUAUAGGAUGGAUAUUAAGGUUCAUACAUAAUUGCCAAAAGAAGAAAGAGAAGAUUACUGAACCAUUUCUUACUUCUAAGGAACGUGCAUCAGCCCUACACCUACUUGUGAAACUAACUCAAUCAAGUUACUUACCUGAUCACAUUGAUAAACUUGCUACUGAUCAGACAAGUCAUAGUCUUCAGCGGUUAAGUCCAUUUUUAGAUGAACAAGGACUCAUUCGUGUGGGUGGACGUUUGAAAAAUUCCCAGCUACCAUACAAUGCUAAAUUUCCUAUGUUGUUGCCAAAACAAUGUCACUUAACCAACCUACUUAUAGACCACUACCAUCUCAAGCACUUGCAUGUAGGCCCAAGAACCUUGCAGUCACUACUGUCUCAACAGUUUUGGAUUAUUUCAGCUAGGCAAGUCAUCCGUCAUCGAUUAUCCAAGUGCCUAGUUUGUGUUAAAAUGAAAGCUAACUCCAUUCAACCAUACAUGGGUAACUUACCUGGCUCACGAAUUACGCAAAGCCGCCCUUUUCUCCAUGUAGGCAUUGAUUUUGGUGGACCCUUUACCACAAAAACGGACAAGUUGCGCAAACCACAGUUUCUGAAGAGCUAUGUAUGUUUGUUCAUAUGUUUUAGUACAAAAGCAAUCCAUCUCGAGUCAGUCUCGUCUCUCUCUACGGAAGCAUUCUUAGCUUGUUUUGACCGAUUCGUCUCAAGAAGAGGUCUUUGUGCACAUAUCUACUCAGACCAAGCAACUAACUUCGUGGGAGCAGAUCGAGAACUCCAAGAACUUCACAGUCUACUUCACAAGACUCCAACUUCAGAUGCCGUUCUUUCAAAACUCGCCCAGAUGGGAAUCAGCUGGCACUUCAACCCACCUGCUGCACCACAUUUUGGCGGACUAUGGGAAAGUGGAAUCAAGUCCAUGAAGUAUCACUUAAAACGAGUUGUUGGAAAUCAGAUUCUAACUUUUGAAGAGUUCUCAACAUUAUUGACAAAGGUCGAAGCAGUCCUCAAUUCUAGGCCUCUGUGUAGUCUUUCAACUGAUCCCAACGAGUAUGAGACUCUAACCCCUGGACAUUUUCUCAUAGGAGAGCCUUUGGUAGCGAUCCCCCAGACUGAUUUAACAAACCUUCCACAGAAUCGUCUUUCUCGCUGGCAAAUGAUCCAACAGGCACAACGAUCCUUUUGGAAAGUAUGGAGUCAAGAUUACUUGCAUCAGUUACAACAGCGAUACAAAUGGACACGUGAUUCACCCAAUUUGAAAAUCAAUGACUUAGUCCUAAUAAAGGACAAAAACCUUCCCCCUUUGAAGUGGACUACAGCUCGUGUCAUCCAGACACACCCAGGGAAAGAUGGCAUCGUCCGAGUCGCCACUCUGAAGACACCAGCUGGACAACUUCAGCGACCAGUCGUGCAGCUGUGUCCCCUUCCUCAAGAGAAUUAA